AUGGGUUCCCUGCUCAUACCGCUGCUGGUACGCGUGGCGGCCAAGGCCGGCGACGCGCUGGUGACCGAGCUGCUGCGGGCAUGGGGGCUGGACAAGUCCCGCCAGAAGCUGGAGCGCCACCUCGCGGCCGUCCAGUCCAUCCUGCUGGACGCCGACGCCAAAAGCCACACCAACCCCGCCGUCCGACGGUGGAUCAAUGAUUUCAAGACCGCCGCCUACCAGGCCGACGACGUCCUCGAUGACUUCCGCUACGAGGUGCUGCGCCGCCGUGACGCUCAGCUCCGCUGCUGCUCCACCACACGCAAGGUUUUUCAAUUAUUGUUUCAACCAUUGUCAUUGUAUGCUUCUUUUUCAAUAUUUCAAUUUAAGGUUUUCAUUUCAGGUGCUAAGCUACUUAACCGUCCUGUUGUUUUCCGUCUCUCGAUGAGUAGGAAGAUGAAGGAUGCUCUUGAAAUGAUUGAUGAACUGGUCAUGGAGAUGAACAAUUUUCACUUCCUACAACAUGCCGAGGUACCAAGCAUCAAUCGUCCGCAAACAUACUCUCAUAUUGAUGAAUCCAAGAUUGUAGGCAGGCAAGAUGAGAAGGAACGAGUGGUGAAGAUAUUGCUUGAGCACUCCGACAAUAGUAGUGAUGAUGCUGAUAAUAAUGUCUUGGUACUCCCCAUAGUUGGUAUGGGGGGGAUUGGUAAGACUACCCUUGCCCAACUUGUGUACAAUGAUCAGAGGGUGAAGCAUCAUUUUGAGUUGGUCUUAUGGGUCUGUGUCUCUGACAAGUUUGUUAUCGAAGAAAUAAUCAGAUCUAUAAUAGAAGUGGCCAUGAUGAAGAAGUGUGAUUUCACUCAGAUGGAGGCACUGUGA